AGACAGUUUUCGGGACCAGUUAUGCCGCUCGCUUUGCCUCUUCCUCUCUGCCUACAUUUGAAGGCCCGCUACUAGCGCAACGUUAUUGCUAUUUCAACUGCAGACUGUCUCUUUGCGAGUGAUUUGAAAUGCCGUUGCUCCAUCACAAAUGUCUUUAUGUUUUAGUUGUUUAUAGUAACAUUGCUCAUGUAGUUGUAUUUUAAUUUUAAUCUAUUCAAACCCUGCAAUAUAUAUUUGGUGACAAACUACACACCUGGACAUAAUUUGUGGCAAAAAAACCUAUGCAGUAACGGAAUUUAAAAAAUACUUUUCGCUGCAUAAUAAGGCCUCAUCGAUCCUCGGCCUUUCGUACGGAUUUUAACCGAUUUCGAAUGCUUGGCCGACGGCCUCUGCAGCAGCCAGACAAUUCAAAUCCCGGUUCCUGACCAUGGCCUGUACAGUGUGACAGGCACCUAGUCCCAGUGAAGUGAGACAACCGUUAACCUGUUACUGGCACUGCCCUGUGCUUCAGUACCCUCACCUUUUUAACUAUAUAUAUUAAGCACUCAAUGCAACCCUAACGUAUUUCCAAUUUAGACUAUCACGUGUAGUGCUGUCCCAUUCUCAGUAGAUUUAGGGCUAACUGUCAGUCAGACACAGAGCAGUGCUAGUUCCCAUACACUCCCAGUAUGGCGUCGGUUCCAGUAUACUGCCUGUGUCGCCUACCCUAUGAUGUCACACGCUUCAUGAUCGAGUGUGACAUCUGUCAAGACUGGUUCCAUGGAAGUUGUGUUGGAGUGGAGGAAGACAAAGCAGCAGAGAUUGACCUGUACCACUGCCCCAACUGUCAGGUCACCCAUGGGCCCUCUGUCAUGAGAAAGCGGCGUGGAGGAACCAAGCAGGCUGAUGCUGGAGCCACUGGAGGAAGAGCCACUUCUGGUCGACCGGUAAAGACUGGCACUCCACAGUUUGUCAGUGAGCUACGUAGCCGCACCUUCCCAAGUGCUGACGAGGUGCUGUUGAAGCCGUCGGGGGCCCAGCUGACUGUGGAGUUCCUGGAGGAGCGUUCCUUCAGUGUUCCCGUGAUGGUCCUCAGGAGGGACGGCUUGGGCAUGAGCCUUCCCCCGGGGAACUUCGGAGUCAAUGACGUAGAGCACUAUAUUGGUCCAGACAGGGUGAUUGAUGUGAUUGACGUGUCUCGCCAAGCUGACCUGAAGAUGUGUCUAGGGGACUUUGUGGAGUACUACAACAGCCCCAACAGAGACCGGGUCCUCAAUGUCAUCAGCCUGGAGUUCUCUGAGACCAGGCUGUCCAAUCUGGUGGAGACUCCAAAGAUAGUGAGGAAGCUAUCGUGGGUAGAGAAUCUGUGGCCUGAGGAGUCAGUGUUUGAGCGGCCCAACGUCCAGAAGUACUGCCUCAUGGGGGUCAAGGACAGCUACACAGACUUCCACAUCGACUUCGGAGGCACCUCUGUCUGGUACCAUGUACUACGGGGUGAGAAGAUCUUCUACCUGAUCUCCCCCACGCCGGCCAACCUGGCCCUGUUUGAGCGCUGGAGCUCCUCGUCCAAUCAGAACGAGAUGUUUUUCGGGGACCAGGUGGACAUGUGCUACAAGUGUUCCGUCAAACAAGGAAACACGCUCUUCAUCCCAACAGGAUGGAUCCACGCUGUGCUGACUCCUGUGGACUGUGUGGCCUUCGGAGGGAAUUUCCUACACAGCCUUAACAUUGACAUGCAGCUCCGAGCAUAUGAAAUAGAAAAGAGGUUGAGUACAGCAGACCUGUUCAGGUUUCCAAACUUUGAGACAGUGUGUUGGUAUGUUGGCAAGCACCUGCUAGACACAUUCAGAGGUCUGCGCGAGAACCGCAGACAUCCUGCUUCCUACCUGGUCCACGGAGCCAAGGCCCUCAACAAUGCUUUCCGCAUGUGGACACGCAAAGAGUCGCUGACUGACCACGAGGUGGAGAUUCCAGAGACCAUCGAGACUCAGCGUCUAGUGAAGGACCUGGCCAAGGAGAUACGACUGGUUGAGGACAUCUUCCAGCAAGGCCGUCCUGCGGCUCCUUUCACCUCUACACAGGGCUUCCCCACCCCCCUGCCCAAAGCCUCCCCUCUAGCUGUCUCCCAGAGUCCAAGCCGCCCCCCAGGGAGGAAGAGAGGCCCCAAACCCAAGGAUAUGUCCCCCAGCCCCAAGAAGAAGGGUCAAAAGGGCUUAAUGAAAGAGGCAGGCGAGUUGGACCUCCUGGAGAUCCACACCAAACAUACACUGAAGAAAUUCCAAUGUGGAAACAAGAAAAACAAGAAGAAGUUAGAGCUGCCUCAGGAGUUUGCAGGGAAAAUGAGCAAGAGCAAACUGAAACUGGUGCUGACCAACGGCAAAAUACAGGGGAAGAAGGGAGGUCGUUCAGGCAUAAGUAACAGUGCGGGCCGUGCCUCUCAAUUCCAGCACCAUGCUAUGGGAGGGUCUACCUUGUCAGAUUUUGAGUCCGAGGACGAACUGCAGAUUGAUGAAACUCCCCCUCCACGACACAAGGCUGGAGGAUCUAGCAAGAAGAAACUCAGUGGUCUCCCCCGGAAGCUACCAAGGGCCAAGCCUUGCUCUGACCCCCAUCGCAUCAGGGAACCCGGAGAGGUUGACUUCGACAUUGAAGAGGACUACACAACAGAUGAGGAGGAGACCAUGACUGUCCAUGGAGUGAAGGGUGGAGCCGGGGGCAUCCUGGACCUGCUGAAAGCCAGCAAACAGGUGGCAGGGCUGGACUCUGCUCUCAGUGAGGAAGCGCCAGCCUCUCCCAGCACACGAGAAGCCAUUCAGGGCAUGCUCUCCAUGGCCAACCCUCCCUCUUCCUCCUCUUCUUUGUCAUCCUCCUCUUCCUCCCCUCUCUCCGUCUCUGGAGGGCUGUCUGAGGGACUGGGAUUAGUCAAAGAGAAAGGAGGGAGAGCCGUGUGGGUGACAGGAGACAAUAAGAGCAGAACAGGAAGUGCCUCUAAAGAGAAGACUAUGUUCCAGCGUCCCGGGAAACGGCCUGUCAAGCGGCCGGUCCGUCACCUUAGUGAUGAGGAGAGCACAGAUGAGCAGGAGACUCUUGGCACCUGUUUUAAAGACGCAGAGUAUGUCUAUCCGUCCUUAGAGUCUGAUGAGGAGGACCAGGUCAAGAGGAAGAGGAACUGGGGCGACACUCCUUGGAGCCCCAAAGCCCGGGUGACCCCCACCCUGCCCAAACAGGAGCGCCCAGUAAGGGAUGGGGCCAGAGUGGCGUCUGUGGAGACUGGCCUCGCUGCAGCUGCUGCCAAACUGGCACAACAGGAGAUCCAGAAACCCACCAAGAGGAAAUACACCAAAAAGCCCCGCCCUGUUGCCCCACCACAGCCCCCUCGGGCUGAGCCGUCUCCUCCCUCCCCCGCUCCGGCCCCGGAGCCUCCCACCCCUGACUUCAGCCCUGAGCGGAGGAUGGAGUGCUACUCUGCCAGCCUACUGGACCAUGAGUACACGGCAGGCCCUGGCCCGUUCGGUCCUGGAGGCCCCAGAGGGAGUGCUGCUAUGGCUCCUGGGGUGUUCCUCACCUCCAGACGACCCUCCCUCCCCCAGAACAGCAGCACUUACUCCCCCUCUACAGCCUCCCCCACUGGGCUAGCCAGCCCCGGCAGCGCUGGAGCUGGUGGCGGGAAACGUCCAAAGAAAGGACUUGCAACAGCAAAACAGAGACUAGGAAAGAUUCUGAAAAUACACCGCAAUGGGAAGCUUCUCCUGUGAGAUGCUUUCGGAGAUAUGGAUGGAGAAAGAUUUUUAGGAAUGAUUCUCGGAGGAAAGAUGGAUGCAAUUUUAAAGAGGACUUAAAGGACGUGACUGCUUUAAGAGACUGUGUUUAUUUUGUUCUAUAAUUCAACUUUUGUUCAUCUGGUGUCCUCACCUAAACCUGUCAUCCACUCAUGUUCCACCCUAUACCCCUUCCCAGUCCCAUUUAAUAAUUAAUCAUUGCUUGAAUCUAUAUAGCGCUUUUCUAGCGCUGAAAUAUUCACAUUCUGCUUUGUUACUCUGUUUCACAUUUGGGAUUAUUCAUACCUUCAUAUGAAUAUAUUGAGAAGCAUCUCAACAUUUAGUUGGUCAUGCACUCCUCAGAUCAAUGGAAAACAUAUGGUCAAUCAUCAAUCAAACCAUUUAACUUACAUGAAGGAAUCAUGUAUUCAUCAAAUUGGCAAUGAAAAAUGUCAAAUCUAUUUUAGUUACGUUAUAUGACCCAUUCUUCCUUUGACGUGGGUCUCCUUUUAAUGUGCACAAGCGCGCAUGAUUGAAGGCAAUGGGGGGAAUGUUUUAAAUGGGAAAUAAUGCAUUUCCUGACAAUUCAGUCAAAUGGGAUUUUGAGUUCGUUUUUAGUUUGGGAUUAUUUAUUUUCAAAUAGCUUUUGUAUUUAUUUUGUGGUAGUAGGAAUGCUUGCCUUUCCAGUUCUGUGUUGUCAUCCAUGUUCUCACCUCACUUUCAACACAAGUUCACACCAUCUUUUGUAUUUAUUUUGUGGUAGUAGGAAUGCUUGCCUUUCCAGUUCUGUGUUGUCAUCCAUGUUCUCACCUCACUUUCAACACAAGUUCACACCAUCUUUUGUAUUUAUUUGACUAAUCUAGGUUAUUCCUUUUAUUCACCCUGGGUUUUUUUCCCCAUGUACAUAGCAAGCAAACCUUUUUAAAGGCACAGUGCAGUCAAAUGUAUUUUUUUUCUGUGUUUUUAUAUAUAUUUUCACACUGAGGUUGGAAUAAUAUUGUGAAAAUUAUGAUUAUUCCCUUUUAGUGUACAAGCUGUUUGAAAAGUCAACCUGGAAUUUCAGCCUGUUUUAGUCGGAUGGAGUAUUGGUCUGCCUGGUGACUAAAUUAGUUAAUAGACCAAUAAGAAAGAGUUCCAAACCACUGACAAUAACAGUUUUCCCCUCCCCACUCAGACCACUCCCAGACAGUCCGAGGAAAAUUGUUACUUGAGAAAUUGCUCUUUUGCUAAAAAAAACAACUUAUUUUUGUACCUUUUUUAAAAAAAAUAUUUAAAAAACCAUGAGGUAAUUCAUUGUUUCCCAGAAAAUAUUUUAUAUUGAGAACAGCAACAUUGGACAUUUUUAAUUAUGUGAAACCUGUCAAGAGUUUUCACUUCAGUUUUUUGAUUCUAUUCAUUUAACAGAUUGGUACCUAGGCUACAUUUAACUCACAUCUGGAUGAAGUUGUGUUUUUAGAUGUGUAUAUUUUUGAAUUGAUAUAUCCAUCCGGUCCAUUAGUACUGUUAUGACAUGAACAGUCUGGUUCCUAAUCAUUUUCCAAUCCACCAUGGUUUGUAAUUCAAGUCUUUAGUAUUAUACACUUGAGCCAGCAGUUGUAGAAUGCAUCCCAAAUGGUGCCCUAUUCUCUAGUGCACAAUUUUUGACCAGGGCCCAUUUGAGUAGCAUACGAUUUCAGGAAUAGGGUGCUGUUUGGGACGGAGACGUAGAAUGUGUUUUAUUUAAAGAACGUGCUACACAUUUAGACAUGCAGAGUUGUAGUUUUAUCUAAGGAUAUUGAAGUCGGGAAGCUAUGGAUUUGAUAAUGAUUCCGAAAUGUACAUAAUUGUUUGAAUUUUGUUUUUAUAUAGUUCAAAGGAAGUAUUUCUUAACAUACCUUGUAUAAAAUAAAUGUCAUUUGGAGAACUGUAUGCAAUAGUCUAAAGUAUUGUUUUUUUUAUUUGUAUGCAGUAAUAAUUGUCAUUCUGUUUUAGUUGGUUGUGUUAUAAUUAAGCAAUAAGGCCCGAGGGGGUGUUGUAUAUGGCCAAUAUACCACUGCAAAGGGCUGUUCUUAAGCAUGACGCGACGUAGAGUAGCCGCGGUAUAUAGUUCAUAUACUACAAACCCACAAGGUGCCUUAUUGCUAUUAUAAACUGGUUACCAAUGUAAUUAGAGCACUAAAAAUACAUGUUUUGCCAUACCUGUGGUAUAUAGUCUGAUAUACCAUGGCUGUCAGCCAAUCAGCAUUCAGGACUCGAACCACCCAAUGUAUAAUGGCAGUAAGGCACCUCGGGGGGUGUGUGGUCUCAAUGGCCAAUAUACCACGACCAAGGGCUGUUCUUAUGCACGAUGCAACGCGGAGUGCCUGGACACAGCCCUUAGCCGUGGUAUAUUGGCCAUAUACCAUAAACGCCCGAGGUGCCUUAUUGCUAUUAUAAACAGGUUACCAAUGUAAUUAGAACAGUAAAGUUAUUUUUAAUUUCUUUGUCAUACCUGUGGUAUAGUCUGAUAUAUCUUGGCUUUCAGCCAAUCUGCAUUUAGGGCUGGAACCACCCAGUUUAUAAUGAAGUUUGUUCUCAGUAGCUCUGCUCUUAUUGUUUUAUCUGUUUCCCUUAUGUUAUCAUUUAGUGUUAAUAAUAUUUACUCUUGUCAAUGUAUCUGUUAGAUGUGAAACGCAUUGACCUAGAGGAGAUAUACUUUCCUUUUCUUAUUAUUUGUGUGGCCUGCAGUUGUUCACCAGUACCAAAAAGGCCCUGUACUCACUCAUGUUGGUUGUACUACUGAUGUACGCAUUUUAACAGAAUGGUUGUGUGAUAUACAACAAAGUUUCUCCACAUCACUUCUGUAAUCAUUUUUGUGCUAAAAAAAAAACCUUUUGUACCACAACAGUUGUGUGAAAUGUGUUGUACAUCAUUUGUACAACCUGAGUAUACAAGACCAAAUAGUACAACCUUUUUAUUGGGCCAGUACUGUUUCAUUGUUUGUUUUACUACUCUUUUCUCUGCAGUUGACCCCUGUCUUAAACCAUACCUGGGUUAAAACACUAUUUGAAAUCAUUCAAAAUACUGUGCUGUGCGUUUCAAUGUCGCCACCAUCUGUCCAGCUAUGAAGCAAAAUAGCUGUGCUCGAUUGAGCUUGCCUGUUGCAGUGAAACCAAUAGAAGUCCCACCAGACCUGUCACUCCAGGCAGGCUGAAGCAAACGCUUAAAGUAUUUGAACCAUUAGAAAGUGUUUCAACUCAGAUCUGUCUUCUACCAGUUUAAAAGCUUCAUCGCUGGACAGAUUGUGGCGACACUGAAACGCACAUCAAUCUCAACUGUAUGUUCAAGAUUAAUGGUUCUGACUGCUAUUAUUGUAAUUGAUAUUAAAACAAGGAACAUUUUGCAUUGUAUUAAAAACCAAUUCUUUA